AUGUUCAAGCUGUUCGUCUUCCUUGCCUUCUGCCUGGCUUUGAGCUGCGCCGCCCCCGGGCUGCUGCACUCGCAUGCAUCGCCCAUCCUGACCCACUCGUACCAUAGCCUGCCCUCGGUGAGGGUGAUCCAGCCCAUCUGGACCACCUCGCACAGCAUUGUGCAUCCCAUCAGCUAUGGCAUUGGACAUGGACAUGGUGGCUAUGGCCAUGGCUACGGCUGGUGA